AUUGACAAGCGACGCUUCGUCCCAACAGGAAGUGUCUUCAAUUCAGUUGGCUGUCAGAGCUAAAGUGAGUUGAACAAAAAAAAAAAAAAAUGUUCAAUGACAGCGAGUUGGCGACGCUGCGGAACAGAUUCAAGAGAGAUGCGGAGCUGCUCAUGCAGGCGACGACGUCGGCCGUCGAUGGUGAAAAGAGUCAGGAGGAAAAAGAUCUGAAGCCCCUCCCUCGCAUCAACAAGCACUCCGUUUUCUGGAUCGUGGCAUCGGUAGCUGUGACGUACUAUGCAGAUUUCCUGUACGUCAUUAUGGAGAACGAUGAUAUCAAAAGCUGGUGGUUUAACGUCGGUCUGAUACUCCUUGGGAUCUGCUUGUCUCUGGCUAUGUUUUGCAUUGUGUACCUUGAGUGGUUCAAAGGCAUUCAGCACUAUGACCAGGAGUACCCAGCCAUUCCUCCCAUUACCACCGCAGCCUUUAUUGCCGCCUCAUGCAGCUUUAAUAUUGCACUGUGGCCAGUGUGGUCCUUCUUCACUCCGCUCAUCCUCUUCACACAGUUCAUGGGCGUCGUCAUGUUCAUCUCUUUGCUUGGAUGAGUGGUGAAAGGCCACAAUGAGAAGAGCAAGGCGUUCUCCCCAGGGUUCUCCGGUUCUCUAAUCUCUCACCAGCUCAGUUUCCAAACUCACGCUUUAAAGUGGCAUUGUUAUUGUGACGUUCUUUUGUAUCCUUCUGCUUUUUGUGUUUGCAACGCACACUUGUAGAGGUUUUGUGAACAUGCAAAAUGUCGAGAUACUUGAUGCUAGAAAAUGAAAGGUGUUUGUUUUUAGGUUAAGACACCUGCUUAUAGUUUGUGUUUUCUACUGUUUUUAUGUUUUUAAAAAAAUAAAAUAAAAUAAACUCGUCUAACCAUUUUCAAAGAAUGUGUGAACUUGACUCAGCUUUAAAUUAAAAUAAAUUUAAAUGUGUUAACUGAACCCGAUUCCUUUGGGAUACAUUAUAUUCUCAAACAAAGCAUUUCUGUCCUCUACAAAUUGAUAUAUGGAUCUCAGAUAAUCUUGUCGCAAUAAUAAAUUAAUUGAAUGAUAAUUAAGAGGAGCUCAAUAAUUUUCCAUUCUGAUUUUUUUUUUGAAGGGCAAUUUUGUUUCCAGAAACACCAUUAACCAUUUCAUUUACUGUUUUGGUUGUGUGUGGUUUUCAUUUCAAUUUUAUUUAUUGUUUUUGGUUGUCAUGUUUUAUUCUUCAGCUUCCACUGUAAAAUGUUCUUUACCAAAUUAAAGUUUAUUGGUCGUUCAGAGGGUGAGCUUGCGCUGUUAUGCCAACAUUGAUAUAUUACUUGAGAAGGGUCUCAAAAAAACAGUAUUGUCGUUUAUCGUAAUAGUUACUGGGAAAAUUUAUCCAGGGGUGCAACUACAUACAUGAGCCAAAGAGCCUCUUCUGUUAGCCUGUGUCUAUCAUUCUUAUAGCUUGAUAGGAAGCCUGAUCCAAACUGGCAACCCACAUUAAUAAAAUGGUGAAAUAAUAUUGACCACAAAACACUGUAUUUAUAAAAGAUAUCAACGUUUUUCCUACACAAUCCUAACAAAGGUUUUUUACAAUAUUUAUUUAUUUACUAUUAAUCUAUUUGUGUAAUUUGUUCUUUAAAUUGCCAUUUACAUUAUUUUUCGGUCUCAGGAAAUGACUGAGGGAUGAGUAGACUGAUGUCUGGUUCUUUAGGUUCUGACGGGUCUGCGGUUCCUCUCCUGACCCAUUCUGUCUGAUUUCAAACAACCCACUGUGCGCCACUGAAUAUCGCCGACACAUCUUUUUAAUGUGUGUCGUCCCAUUACCGUCUGUAUUUUUGCCAGAGGUUUUAUUUCUAAGGACGGUGUAAUAUCGGGUGGACUUUUUAAAAAGACGCCGCUGCGUAGAGUCCGUCUCUAAGCAACCGUGACAACAGUGUCAGUUCGUGGCGGGGGUGAGGGGAGGGGCGUCCUAUUUAGGUCCAGCAACUACAAUUUAGCUGACCUUACUAUUCGUGUUUUGUUUUGGUCAUUAUUAUUACACUUAUUGUUGAGAUGUGUGUGAUAGGGGUGUCUAUCGGACAUUUAUAACAAUAUGGAAUAAACCUAUUGUG